AUGGCCGCAGCCUUACCCAGGACCCUGGGGGAGUUGCAGCUGUAUAGAAUAUUACAAAAAGCCAACCUGCUUUCUUAUUUUGAUGCCUUUAUCCAACAAGGUGGUGAUGAUGUCCAGCAACUCUGUGAAGCUGGAGAAGAGGAGUUCCUGGAGAUCAUGGCACUCGUGGGCAUGGCUAGCAAGCCCCUUCAUGUUAGAAGGCUGCAGAAGGCUUUGAGAGACUGGGUUACAAACCCUGGCCUUUUCAAUCAGCCACUGACGUCUCUGCCUGUCAGUAGCAUACCCAUCUAUAAGUUACCAGAGGGCUCACCGACAUGGCUGGGAAUAUCCUGCAGCAGUUAUGAAAGGAACAGCAGUUCCCGAGAACCUCAUUUAAAAAUCCCCAAGUGUGCUGCCACCACGUGCGUGCAGAGCUUGGGACAGGGGAAGUCAGACGUGGUAGGCAGCUUAGCACUGCAGAGUAUCAGUGACUCCCGACUCUGGCAGGGCCACCACGCCUCCGAGAGCGAGCACAGCCUCUCCCCGGCUGACCUCGGCUCCCCAGCUUCCCCGAAAGAAAGCAGCGAGGUGCUGGAUGCUGCCGCUGCACUCUCUGUAGCCGAGUGUGUGGAGCGGAUGGCCCCCACGCUGCCAAAAAGUGACUUGAACGAAGUUAAAGAGCUGCUGAAAACCAACAAGAAGUUGGCCAAGAUGAUUGGUCACAUCUUUGAGAUGAGUGAUGACGAUCCACACAAAGAAGAGGAAAUUCGAAAAUACAGUGCAAUAUAUGGCAGAUUUGAUUCGAAGAGAAAGGAUGGGAAACACCUCACACUUCAUGAGCUCACCGUUAAUGAAGCGGCUGCUCAGCUCUGUGUAAAGGAUAAUGCCCUGCUGACAAGAAGAGAUGAACUUUUUGCCCUGGCCAGGCAGAUUUCUCGAGAAGUCACCUAUAAAUAUACUUACAGAACCACCAAGUCAAAAUGUGGAGAGAGAGAUGAAUUAUCCCCGAAGAGAAUUAAAGUAGAGGAUGGGUUUCCAGAUUUCCAGGACUCUGUGCAGACACUCUUCCAGCAGGCUAAAGCUAAGAGUGAGGAGCUCACUGCUCUUAGCUCACAGCAGCCUGAAAAGGUGAUGGCAAAGCAGAUGGAGUUCCUUUGCACCCAAGCUGGCUAUGACCGGCUGCAGCAUGCUGAAAGAAGACUGUCUGCAGGACUGUACAGGCAGAGCUCAGACGAGCACAGCCCUAACGGUCUGACUUCAGACAGUGCCGAGGGACAAGGAGAAAGACCUUUGAAUCUCCGAAUGCCUAAUUUACAGAACAGACAACCCCAUCAUUUUGUGGUGGAUGGGGAGCUGAGUAGACAUUACUCCAGUGAGGCACAGUCCCACUCAUCAGAGAGCCUUGGGAUUUUAAAAGACUACCCUCACUCAGCUUUUACUUUGGAAAAGAAAGUCAUCAAAACAGAGCCUGAAGAUUCAAGAUAG